CUCAUUUGUUAUGUUAUGUAAUCUCCAAUGGAUCAAAAGUAGAAUCCCAACUGUAGAAGAUGAUACUAUCAUGCUAGGUAGAAGACAGCAUGGAAUAUGGGGUAAGUUCAAAGUGGUUACACUCUAAUGUCGUCUCAACGAAUACGUCUUUAUGAAGAAAUAAAAAAAUCUAAGUGGUUGGAUGCGUCAUCAAUGACGACCACGUCGUUAAAGACAGAAAGAAACACUUGCGUUCCUGAUUCUCUGAUCAAUCAAUGUGUAUAAAUAUGUUCGGAUAUGUCCAUUAUCUUACGCAAUCUUGAAAAGUGUUUUUGAGAGAAAUAUAGGUUUUACAAAAUCCACCGUUGUGAAUUCAUGGAAAUGGUAAACGCAGAAGCAAAACAGAGUGUCCCUCUUCUCACCCCUUAUAAGAUGGGAAGAUUCAAUCUUUCUCAUAGGGUUGUUCUAGCACCAUUGACGAGACAGAAAUCGUACGGAAGCGUUCCUCAGCCUCACGCUAUCUUGUAUUACUCUCAGAGAACGUCACCGGGAGGUUUUCUCAUCGCUGAAGCCACCGGGGUUUCAGAUACAGCUCAAGGGUAUCCAGAUACACCUGGGAUAUGGACUAAAGAGCAUGUGGAGGCAUGGAAGCCAAUCGUUGAUGCUGUACAUGCCAAAGGUGGUAUCUUCUUCUGUCAGAUCUGGCAUGUUGGCCGCGUUUCUAAUCGCGGUUUUCAGCCAAGGAGGCAAGCUCCUAUCUCUUGUACGGGGAAGCCAAUUAUGCCUCAAAUGCGUGCUAAUGGCAUUGAUGAAGCUCGCUUUACCCCUCCAAGACGUCUAAGUAUCGAAGAAAUCCCCGGCAUUGUCAAUGAUUUUAGGCUUGCUGCAAGAAAUGCUAUGGAAGCUGGUUUUGAUGGAGUUGAGAUUCAUGGAGCUCAUGGCUAUCUGAUUGAUCAGUUCAUGAAGGACAAAGUGAAUGACAGAACUGAUGAAUAUGGUGGAUCAUUGCAAAACCGUUGCAAAUUUGCUCUGGAAGUAGUCGAUGCAGUGGCUAAGGAGAUCGGGCCAGACCGUGUUGGAAUCAGGCUCUCUCCGUUUGCAGACUAUAUGGAAUCCGGAGACACUAAUCCAGAAGCAUUAGGGCUGUACAUGGUGGAAUCUCUGAACAAAUAUGGAAUCCUCUACUGUCAUAUGAUUGAACCCAGAAUGAAAACAGUGGGAGAAAUAGCAGCGUGUUCUCACACACUAAUGCCAAUGAGGGAAGCCUUUAAGGGGACUUUCAUCUCUGCAGGAGGUUUCACGAGGGAAGAUGGGAAUGAGGCCGUGGCAAAGGGACGAACUGAUCUUGUGGCUUAUGGUCGAUGGUUUCUAGCCAACCCAGACCUGCCAAAGCGGUUCCAACUGGAUGCACCGCUGAAUAAAUACAAUAGGUCAACGUUUUACACUUCUGAUCCUGUCGUGGGUUACACCGAUUACCCUUCCCUUGAAUCAACAGCUUAAAAUCGUGUUAUCAGUAAUGUAAUGUGUUUCCCUAAUGAUGUAAUAAGUUUCUGGCUUUUGUUUAUACUCUAAGUCAUUAUACCUUCAUAAUAAUUUACAUGGAUACAUUAUCACAAAAGAGCUUUUAU